AACCCAAUCAGGGGCAGAUGGAGCCUGGUGGGAUGGCACCCUUGUGGAUGCUUGUUUGGAUGGCAUCUCUUUGCUAUGGCUCUCUGCAAAAUGUGCUACCUUUGCCCGGUGAAACUGAUGGACAGAAAAUCAACAUUAUUCCAGGAAUGACAAUACCUAUUAAAACUGCUGUCAGCCCUGCUCACAACGGCCGUGUGUGCAGCACAUGGGGGAACUAUCACUUCAAGACCUUUGAUGGAGAUGUUUUCCAGCUUCUUACCCAGUGCAACUACAUCUUUGCCUCCCACUGCAAAAGCAUUUAUGAAGACUUCAACAUCCAGGUCAGGAGGAGUGUAGUGGACGGCAUCCCAGUCAUCAGUAAGAUUACCAUGAAGCUGGAUGGCACUGUGGUGCAGUUCUCCAAGAGCGGAGUCUUAAUCAAUGGCCAAGAGGAAACCCUUCCCUACAGCAGCUCUGGAGUGUUUGUUGAGAAGAGUAAUUCCUACAUUAAAGUCACAGCCAAACUUGGCCUCAUGGCAAUGUGGAAUGAAGAGGAUGCAUUAUUGUUGGAGAUAGAAGAGAAGUAUGCAAACCAGACCUGUGGACUGUGUGGGGACUUUAAUGGUGUCCAGAUUUAUGAUGAAUUUAUUAAGAACGAUGUACAAAUAAAUUCUGACGACUUUGGCAGCUUUUGGAAAAUGGAUGACCCAAUGGAAACUUGCGUAGACAGCUCUCCUCAGACUGAGCAGCAGUGUCCUGAUCAGAAACAAUUAUGUAGUCAGAUUCUCAGCUUACCUGCUCUGAACUCGUGUAGGGAUUUGGUUCCCAUGGAUGCAUUCAUUGACUCUUGUAACAUGGAUUUGUGUUACUGUAACAAGUCCACCAGCUCCUUCUGCCUGUGCAGCACCAUUUCUGAAUAUUCGCGUCAAUGUGUUCACGCUGGUGGGGAACCCCAGGUUUGGAGAUCUGAGCAAUUCUGCUAUAAGGACUGCCCAUUUAAUAUGAAAUAUCAGGAGUGCGGCAACCCCUGUGCUGACACCUGUACAAAUCCAAGCAGAAGUAGCACAUGUGAACAACACUGCGUUGAUGGAUGCUUCUGUCCCCCAGGUACUGUUUUAGAUGAUGUUAAUGGAAAAGGUUGCAUUUCUGUACAAGACUGUUCUUGCACCUACAGUGGGAAAACAUAUAUGCCUGGAGAAUCCUUUUCUGGAAACUGUCAAACUUUCAAUUGCUCUGGUGGGAAAUGGGUAUCUGAAAAGCAAGAUUGUCCUGGCACAUGCUCUUUAGAAGGAGGGUCUCACAUCACCUCUUUUGAUGGACGCCUUUUCACCUUUCAUGGAGACUGUUCUUAUGUCCUUGCAAAGAUUUGCAGUAACUCAGCCUUUGCCAUUCUGGGAGACAUUAUGAAGUGUGGCCUGACAAAUACAGAAACCUGCCUUAAGAAGAUAAUUUUAAAUAUUGGAAAUAACACCAAUGUGAUCGUCAUCAUGUCUUCUGGCAUUGUCUUUGUAAAGGACGUCUUGGCUCAGCUACCACUGUCUACAGAGGGUGUCACCAUCUUUAAACCCUCCACAUUCUACCUGAUCAUCCAGACUUCAUUUGGACUCCAGCUGAAGAUCCAGCUCAUUCCCAUCAUGCAGGUGUACAUCAAAUUAGAUCAAUCCUACAAACAACAGACUUGCGGUCUUUGUGGCAAUUUUAACAACAAACAAGAAGACGACUUCACAACAAUGAGUGGAGUGGAAGAAGGAACAGCAUCAACCUUUAGCAACACAUGGAAAACUAUGGCAGGCUGUCCUCAAGUCCAGAAUUUUUAUGACAAUCCUUGCAGCCUGAGUGUUGAAAAUGAGAGGUAUGCCAAGUACUGGUGUUCAUUCUUAACCAAUUCUGUGGGUCCAUUUGCUGAGUGCCAUUCUGUGAUCGACCCUGCUCCUUACAAAGCAAACUGUAUGUAUGACAUCUGCAACUACGAGAAAAGUGAAGAGUCCAUGUGUGCUGCCAUUUCUUCCUAUGUGCAAGCCUGUGCUGCCAUUGGUAUAGAGCUGAUAGACUGGAGAACCACCAUCUGCACUAAGUACUCAACCAACUGCCCUAGGACUAUGGUCUACGGAUACAAAAUGACUAGCUGUGGCCACACUUGCCGAUCCCUCAGUGACCAGGACAUCACCUGCAAUGUGCCAUUUGAGCCUGUGGAUGGCUGUGGUUGUGCUGAAGGGACUUUUAUGGAUGAGGAUGGAAAGUGUGUCUCUGCAGAUUCCUGUCCUUGCUAUUACAAGGGGACUGUAGUACCAGCACAGGAGGUGAUUAGUGACGAAGGAACCACAUGCACCUGCCUGCAAGGGAAAAUGAAAUGCAUUGGACUCCAGUCAGUGCAGACAAGCUGUAGUGAACCGAUGGUCUUCUUCAACUGCAGUGGUGCUCCAUCAGAUAGUUUUGGUACUGAAUGUCAGAAAAGUUGCCAGACACUAGACAUGAACUGUUAUAGCACAGAAUGCAUCUCCGGUUGUGUUUGCCCAGAAGGUUUGGUCUCAGAUGGAAAUGGUGACUGUAUCCCAGAGGACCAGUGUCCCUGUGUACACAAUGGAAAAUCCUACCAACCUGGGGAGAAAAUUAAAGUUGACUGUAACACCUGCACCUGCAAAGAGAGAAAAUGGAAAUGCACAAAUAACCAGUGCCUUGGUACCUGUGCCAUCUAUGGGGAUGGCCAUUAUAUCACUUUUGAUAAAAGAAGGUUCAGCUUUAAUGGAGACUGUGAAUACACCCUUACUCAGGAUUAUUGCAACAGCAGUCCAGACAAUGGAACCUUUAGAGUGGUCACAGAAAAUAUUCCGUGUGGAACAACUGGCACCACCUGUUCCAAGGCAAUAAAGCUGUUCCUCGGGAAUAAUGAACUCAAAUUGUCAGAAGGACAUGUUGAGGUGAUCCAAAGAAACACUGGAACUGAAGUACCUUACAAAAUUCGGAUAAUGGGCAUAUACCUUGUGAUUGAAGCUAAUAAUGGAAUGAUCCUUAUGUGGGACAGGAAGACCAGCAUGUUCAUAAAACUCAGCCCUAAGUUUAAGGGUGAUGUCUGUGGCCUGUGUGGAAACUAUGAUGGAGAUGCAAACAAUGAUUUCACCACCAGAAGUCUGUCAGUUGUUGUUGAUGCUCUUGAAUUUGGAAACAGCUGGAAGGUGUCACCAAGCUGCCCUGAUGCAAAAUAUGCUAAAGAUCCCUGCCUUUCCAACCCUUACCGACAGUCCUGGGCUCAAAAACAGUGCAGCAUCAUCAAAAGUGUAGUGUUCACAGACUGUCACCAUCAGGUGGACCCCAUCCCAUACUAUGAUGCCUGUGUGCAGGAUUCCUGUGCUUGCGAUUCUGGUGGUGACUGUGAGUGUUUCUGUACAGCUGUUGCCUCCUAUGCCAAGGCCUGUAAUGAAGCAGAAGUGUGUGUGGCAUGGCGGAGCCCAGAAAUAUGCCCUCUUUUCUGUGACUAUUACAACCCUCCUGGAGACUGUGAAUGGCACUACAAGCCCUGUGGAGCACACUGCAUGAAGACCUGUCGCAAUCCAAGUGGAAUGUGCUCUGAGCACAUUAAAGGACUUGAAGGCUGCUACCCAGAAUGCCCACCUGAAGAACCCUUCUUUGAUGAGGACAGCAUGAAAUGUGUUCCAAGUGAAGACUGUGGAUGCUUCGAUGAUGAAGGACACCAUUACCAAAAUGGAGAUCUGGUCCCUUCAAACAAUAACUGCCAGGAAUGCCACUGUAAAUCUGAUGGCAUACAGUGUGACUAUAACAUAUAUGAGUGCUAUUGCAUCUAUAAUGGGAACAAGUACCCUUAUGGAGCAACAAUUUACAACACCACUGAUGGAUUAGGAAGCUGUAUUACUGCCAAUUGUGACCUGAAUGGAACAAUUCACAGAGAAAUUUACGCAUGCACCACAACGCCUACAACAACCCCCACAACAACAACAGCUUCCUCAACUACAGUGUUUGCUUUCAGCACACUGCCUACAAAAACAGCUGACGUUACUUCCUCUUGCUUAGAGGAGAUCUGUCAGUGGUCUGUUUGGUAUGAUGUCAGCCUACCAACCAAGGAGAAUAAGGGUGACCAAGAAACUUUUGACAACAUUAAAGCAAAUGGAUAUUCAAUUUGUUCAAAUCCACUAAAAGUGCAAUGCAGAGCUCAACAGUAUCCUAAUACUCCACUGAAUGGUAUUGGUCAAGUGAUUCAGUGCAAUACAUCUUUUGGUCUAAUAUGUAAUAAUGAAGACAACCCAUCAAUAUGUCUGAACUAUGAAAUAAGAGUUCUCUGCUGUGACAUGCUACCCUGUGGAAUCAAGACAUCAACAUAUUCUUCAACAACUGAGGCAAACACCUUGGUGUCAACGUCCAUCAAAACCGCCACUCCUCCUCUAACAACAACACAGCCACAAUACCCAAGUACAUCUCAGGAGAGCACAGUGACUCCUACUCUUCAAACGCAAACAACUCCAACUGAAAUAUUUACAUCUACUGAGAUUCCAACACCAUUAUCCUCUAGUCCUCCAACAUCGUGCAAGCGUAAAUGUGAAUGGUCUAGAUGGUAUGACAAUAGUUAUCCACUGUUUGGACCAUCUGGAGGAGACUAUGAAACAUAUAACAAAAUAAUUGCAGCAGGUGGGAACAUAUGUAAAAAUCCUAACCAAAUUGAGUGUCGGGCAGAAAAAAACCCUGAUAUUCCGAUUACUGAAGUUGGACAGAUUGUAACAUGUGAUAUUUCCCAGGGGCUCAUCUGUAAAAAUACAGAUCAAGAAGGUGAUUUUCCACUGUGUUACAAUUAUCAGAUUCGAGUACUGUGUUGUGAUCAUUUUAACUGUGAAACAACAUCAUCACCACUGUCUACAAGUAAACAUGUAAUGACAACAUCUGCAAAAAUAUAUACCACAACAGCAAUUACCCCUACGUCUCAAUCACCUGGAACCAUGCCAAUAACAACUGCUGUCACAAAGGAGGUAACAACAAAAACUAUGCUGCAGUCUGAAACAACAACAACAUCAGUUAAUAUACCGACAACAUCUGUUAGCACUAAAAGCACAGCCACCUCAACAGCAAUAACACCAAAACCAACAAGUGCUAAUGAAACUCCUACUAAGAAAACUACAAUCCCAGAAACAACAAGAAUUAUUACUUCUGAAGUUACAAUAUCUACUGAGCAACCCACCUCAUCCACAGCUACAACGGAAACAACAGGCACACCUAUUAGUACAGAAAUAACCUCUGUCAGUACUGAAGGCACUUUCACUUCAACAACUUCAACACAAAAGCCAACAACUCCAAAAGAAACUACACUCAUAGAAACAACAAUAAUCACAUCAGAAUCCACAAUUGCCUCAUCUCAUUUUACAUCAGGCUGCACUCCGAAAUGCCAGUGGACGUUCUGGAUGAGUUCAUCCAGUCCAAGUACUGGGUCAAACGGUGAUUAUGAAACAUUCAACAACUUAAGAAAUGCUGGCUACAAUAUCUGUCCACAACCCAUGGAGAUUGAAUGCAGAGCAGUUCAGUUUCCUGAAAUGUCAGCUUCUGAUCUCCAGCAGAUCAUUACAUGUAAUAUAAAUUCCGGCCUCAUCUGUAAUAAUUCAGACCAGAAAGGCAAGUUAAAACUGUGCUAUGACUAUGAAGUACAUUUUUUGUGUUGUGGAGGUUGUGAACCUACAGAAAGUCCUCCAACUGAAACAUCAACUAAUAUAUUAACAACUGUUUCUGAAUCCACAAGUACCACUGGCACCACCACUUCUUCAUCAGUUGUUACGGGAAGUACUACAUCUCCUCAGACAAAACAUAUCAUCUCAACUACUGGCUUAAUUCCUACUACAACUUUUCUACCAGGCACAACUAUAGAACAGACAACCCCCCACACAACUGAAAGUACCACAAUAAGGGAGAUAACCACAGAAAAAACAACAGAACUAAAGACCACACUCCCUAUGACUAUAUCAUCCACAGAAGGCCCACUACCAUCCACAACACUAACAGAAGGAUCUACAUCCAUUUCUCAUUCUACAGAAAUUAAAUCGGCAACAACUGCUGUAACCUCUGAGACAACAACAAAAACUACUCUUCAGCCAGAGAUAACAACAAUGCUGGUUACUGAGCAGACAACCUCUAUCAGCACUGAAGGUACUUCCACUUCAAUAGCUACAACACCAAAGCCAACAACUGCUAAGGAGACUCCAACUUCAAAAAUUACAAUCCAAGAGACAACAAGGAUUAUGACAUCAGUAGUUACAGCAUCCACUGAGCAGACACCUUCAUCCACAGCUGUAACUGAGACACCAAGCAUCACUUCACCAAAAACUACUUUGGAAACUUCAAAACCCAAGACAACUUUCCCUGAGACAGCAACAUCCACAGAAAAGCCACAGAGAUCUACUACUUUAAUAGAGACAACUACGUCUGUUUCUCGUACUCCUGAGAUCAGGUCACCUACAUCUACAGCUGCACCAGAGACAACCACUAAAACUACCAUUGUGUCCGAGUUAACAACAACACCAGUUACUAAAGAAACAACAUCUGUAAGCACUAAAGGUGUGACAACAUCAACAGGUUCAACACCUAAGCCAACAACUCCUAAGGAAACUCCAACUCCAAAAACUACACUCAUAGAAACAACAAUUAUCACAUCAGAAUCCACAAUUACCUCAUCUCAUGUUACAUCAGGCUGCAUUCCAAAAUGUCAGUGGACUUCUUGGAUCAGUUCAUCUAGUCCAAGUAGUAAAACAAAUGGAGAUUAUGAAACAUACAACAGCUUAAGAAAGGCUGGCUACAAUAUCUGUCAACAGCCUAUGGAGAUUGAAUGCAGAGCAGUUCAGCUUCCUGAAAUGUCCACUUCUGAUCUUCAGCAAACCAUAACAUGUAAUGUAAAUUCUGGCCUCAUCUGCAAUAAUUCAGACCAGAAAGGCAAAGUGAGAAUGUGCUAUGACUAUGAAGUUCGAUUUUUGUGCUGUGGAGGCUGUGAAUCUACAGGAGUGCCCCCUACUGGAACCCCCACAACAGAAAGCACCACAAUAAGGGCUGUAACCACAGAGAAAGCAACUUCUGAGGAAACAACACAAGUGCCAUCCACAAUACCUGUAACUUCAGUACUUACAGAAAGGCCACUCACAUCCACAACUGUAACAGAGGGUUCUACAUCUGUUUCUUACUCUACAGAAAUAAAACCACCAACAACUGCUGAAACUCCAGAGACAACACCAAAAACUACUCUUCAUCCAGAGGUAACAACAACAUCACUUACUGAACAGACAACCUCUGUCAGCACUAAAGGCAUUUCCACUUCAGCAGGUACAACACCAAAGUCAACAACUCCUAAUGAAACUCCAACUCCAAAAACUACAAUACUACAAACAACAAGGAUUAUCACAUCUGAAGUGACAGCAUCUACUGAGCAGUCACCAUCAACCACAACUGUAACAGAGACAACAAUCACUGUUGCACCAAAAACUACUGUGGAGACUUUAAAACCCAAAACAUUGUUUCCUGUUUCAACAACCUCUACAGAAAGGCCAUACAUAUCCACUUCCUUAACAGAAACAACUACAUCAGUUUCUCGUACUCCUGAGAUAAAGUCACCUACAACCACUGCUGCACCAGAGACAACCACUAAAACUACUGUUGUGUCCAAAGUAACAACACCCAUUACUACAAAGACAACCUCUGUCAACACCGAAGGUGUUUCCACUUCAACAGCUGCAACACCAAAGCCAACAACUUCUAAGGAGGCCCCAACUCUAAAAACAACAAUACAAGAAACCACAAAAAUUAUCACUUCAGAAAGCACAGAAUCCACAAAACAGCCAUCCUCACCUACAGCCGUAGCACCAACUACAACCAAUCUUUUGUCAACAACUCGUGGAGAAACGAGUAAGACUACAUUACCUGUGAGUACAGCAUCUACAGAAAAAGCACAUUCAUCUCCAACUCUUAAAAGCACUACCAUUUUAACUGGUACACCCCCAAAGAACACAACUCCCAUGGAAACUACCAGCCUAGCGACUUCUACCCAUGGAACUACUACUACUGUCACCCCAGAAACUCCAUUUUCUUUAAGGAGUACCUCUCUUGUCUCACCUGCCUGCACUCCCCAGUGCCAGUGGACAUCCUGGAUCAGUUCAAAUUAUCCUACUUCUAAAUCCAAUGGAGAUUUCGAAACAUACACAAAUAUUAAGGAAGCUGGUUAUGAUAUCUGCCAGAAACCUAUGCAGAUUGAAUGUAGAGCAGUUGAAAUUCCUGAUGUACUCAUUUCAGAUCUAGAUCAGGUCGUAAUUUGUGAUGUCAACUCAGGUCUUAUCUGUAACAAUGCAGACCAGAAGGAGGAUAGUCCAUUUUGUUAUGACUAUGAAGUGCGCUUUUUGUGCUGUGGAGGUUGUGAACCUACAACAAAACCUGCACAUACAACACCGAAAAACACUCCUGCCCAUACAGAAACAAUUCCAACCACUGUCCAUUCAACCUCAGAGUCUCCUACAACAUUGUGCUUCUGCACAGUCUCUCAACACUCAUUCCUACCUGGUGAAAUUGUAUACAACAAAACAGAUGGUGAUGGCUGGUGUUAUAUUGCUUACUGUGGCAAAAACUGUCAGAUCGAAAAAAAUGUCACAGAAUGUCAUUUAACAAGUAUGACAACAAUGCCAUCAACAGCUACUUCUGCCAUAAAAACAACGCACACGCCGUCACUAAGUACAAGACCCCCAGUUGUAGAAUCAACAGUUGCUGCAACAUCAAAACCAUUCAGCACCCUUGAAAAAACAACCACAGCGCCACCUGACUGUAAUGAGCUGAACCCACCACGGAAGUAUGGCGAGUCCUGGAAUAUAGAUAAGUGUACAACAGCUACCUGUGAGGGAGGAAAUAAUAUCAUUCUGCAACCUGCAAAAUGUGACACAGUGAAGCCAAUGACAUGCGAUAAUGGACGCCAGCCAAUCAAGGUCUAUGAUGAAAGUGGCUGCUGCUUCCACUAUGAAUGUGAAUGUACCUGCUAUGGGUGGGGAGAUCCGCAUUAUGUUACAUUUGAUGGAACAGUCUAUGAUUACCAAGGAAAUUGUACUUAUGUUCUGAUGAAGGAGAUCACUCCUAAAUACAACAACUUCAGUGUUUUAAUUGAUAACUAUUUCUGCAGUGCACAACAGGGCCUAUCUUGCCCACGAGCAUUAACGAUUUAUUACAAAUCCAAUGAGAUCAUUUUGACCGUGCAGACCAUAAACCAACAAACCAAGAACCUGAUCUUAUUUAACCAGAAGCAAGUUAUUCCUGCAUUUGAGAAAGAUGGCAUUAAGAUCACUAGCACAGGAAUUGAGAUGGUUGUUGAAAUUCCAGAGAUCAGUGCCCACAUAUCAUUUAAAGGCAUGAUGUUCAGCGUUUUCCUGCCCUACUCUCUUUUCCAAAAUAACACUGAAGGGCAAUGCGGGGUCUGUGACAACAACAAGACUAAUGAUUGCCGCUUGCCAGAUGGAAGCAUUAAUCCUUCAUGUCCAUACAUGGCUCACCACUGGCGUGUGAAAGAUAACAAUAAGCCAUACUGUGAAAAUCCACCAGCAACCACUUCUGCACCCCAUACUGCAUCAACUCAUGUGCCACAAACGGUGCCUCAUACAUCAGUGGCCCCCUGCUUACCAACUAUAUGUGAACUCAUCAAAAGCGACCUGUUUAAAGACUGCCAUGAACUUGUUCCUCCUCUGCCUUUCUACCUGGCCUGUCAAUAUGAUGUCUGCCACAUGCCAAACACAAGUAUCGGUUGCUCCAGUCUGGAAUCCUAUGCAUCUCAGUGUGCUGCUGAAAACGUUUGCAUCAACUGGAGAAAUUCCACCAAAGGAGAAUGCAUGAUCAAGUGUCCAUCCACCAAGGUAUACAAAGCUUGUGGACCAGUGGUGGAGCCCACAUGCAAUUACAGGUACAAUGAAAAACACAUCAACAAAGACACAGAAGAGACUAUGGUAUUUAAAGAAGGCUGCUUCUGCCCUGACGAUAAAACUCUUUUCAAUUCCUUUUCUGAUGUAUGUGUCUCUUCUUGUGAUUGUACUGGACCUGAUGGUAUGCCCAAACAGCCUGGUGAAACAUGGCAGAGCAACUGCAAUGACUGUGUCUGUGACAAUGUUUCCAUGAGUGUCCAAUGCAGGCCUCACAUAUGCCCACAAGAACCAGCUGUCACGUGUUCAAACCCUGGAGAGGUCCUUGUAAUAGAUGCUGUUGACGUGUGCUGCAACAAGACAAGAUGCGAAUGUGAUUUGUCUCUCUGCCCCAAACCAACUGACAAUUGUGAACUGGGAUUCAAGCCAGUGUUCAGAACUUCUCCAGAUGAAUGCUGCCCCAUUUAUAGCUGUGAGCCCAAAGGAGUUUGUGUGUACAACAACACAGAAUAUCAGCCUGGAGUUCCUGUCAUCAUGGAAAACUGUUCUGACUGUACCUGUAGCUCUACCAUGGACCCAGACACCGAGCUGAAUAUCAUUGACUGCCAGCCAAUAUACUGUGACACCAACUGCCAAAUUGGUUUCACAUACCAGGAAGUUCCCGGACAAUGUUGUGGACAAUGUGUUCAAAAGGACUGCAUCAUUCUUUUGCCAGAUGGUACUGCUCACAUAAUUCAGGUUGAUCAGUACUGGAGUCCUGCUAAUGACACAUGCACUCGGUAUGAGUGCCUCAGGAUUGAAGAUCAGUAUGUCACGAUGGAAAGCAGAACAACUUGUCCAGAAUUCCAUGUUGAAGAUUGUGUUCCAGGAUCAGAGAACAUAUCUGCUGAUGGAUGCUGCCGUACCUGCACUCUUAAACCUAAGGACUGUAACAUUCAAAGGAAAACCACUACAAUUGUCAAGGAUGGGUGCCAGUCCAAAUCACCUGUGGAACUGACGUCAUGUGGAGGUUCUUGUGGAACAUACUCCAUGUAUUCAUCCGAGGUCAAUGACAUGGUGCACUCUUGUACUUGCUGUCGGGAGAGGGUCACUAGCAAAAAGCAAACUGAACUGCAGUGCCCUGAUGGAACCAACAUAGAGUACACAUAUGUAUAUGUGGAAGAAUGUGGAUGCCAAGAUACAGAGUGUGUGAAUCCCACACCACAGCAGCAGCAACAACAACAACAGCAGCAGCAACAGCAACAAAAUGGGCAAGUACAAGGAGGACAAAGCAACAAACGCAGAAAACGCAGAAGUCUGGCACACAUACAAUGAGUCUGCUUAAACUAACUGACUAAGAAUGAAUAUUUCUGCUUGCAAUUUUUUUAAACUGAGCUACAAUGUUUCUUCAUGAAUUUGUAUUUUUUGCUAUUGAAAUAAGGGGAGGGCUCAAAAGACAGCUAUAUCUACAACUUGAUUAUUUCAGCUUCCUGCUUGCUUACUUCUUCUUGGAGCAUUCAAAAAAUAUUGGAAGGAAGGUGAUACGUUUUGUGACAUAUUUUAAUGACAUAUAAGUAAAACCUUGCAAAACUUCAGCAAGGUCUAAAUAGAAAAAGGCCAUAAAAUAAACUAUGCCCAAGCAAAGCAACAGUCAUGACAGCUAAUAAAUAUACCUCUAUUGAUUCUAAAUGUUUACAAAAAGAAAAAGUGCAAUGCAUGACUCCGGAUUGUGAAAGAAAUGAUGAAGAAUUCAUAUUUGAACAUAAAAAUAGAAUAGAUGAACACAUAUUUCACUUAGUGUUUUAGAAUGAAAUGUGUAUUUGUUAUUAGCUGCUAUCCUGUUAAAAUUAUUUAGGUACUGCAGAGCCACAGCCUGAUGCACGUUUAAAUUAGGCAUUGACAAACAACUUUGGGCUCAGUGGCCUUUUCCAAUACAAACUCUUCAUAAGUUCUUGUGUGUUUUUUUUUCCAAGAAGAAAUUUUAAGAAUUGUAUUUUUUUUACCUGUCUGGAUGUAAAAUACUGAUCUGCAUUAAUAAAAUUUAGCACUUUGCAUUA